AUGAUUCGAUAUCUUUCCACAUGGUCCGGCACCGACAAGUGCCUCAUGCUCACCCAAUACUCUUCCAAGCUGGUGAUCGUGCUGCUCAACCUUCAAUACGCAUUGCGGCUCCGCAUGCUCGGUAUCCGAUCGACCAAGUCUUCCUCUGCCGCACAACGGAUUCAGAAGCUGAGCUCGCUCAUCAGCGAUGCCAGGGUGCUGUAUCGAAUCUGGGGUAUUCUGCCCAUCUUCAAGUGGAUGAUCGGACUCGAAAGGUCUCCACCACCGACGAGACUGCUGCACAAUAUCGAGCGCAUCCAGGGCUGGUCCAUGCUCGCAUACUGCCCCAUGGAGGCUAUCGCGUAUCUCGGCAGCCACGGCAUCGUCCCUGUGCCAGAUGCAAUUCAGAACGCCUUCUGGCUGUGGGGUUCUCGAUUCUGGGCACUCUACGUCGGACUUCAGCUCCUCCAUCUCGUCGAAGACAACCGAUUGCUCCGACUUCGUGCAAAGGCGCUCGAACGCUCGCGCGGUCAUCCAACACCGAACAAGAUCCAGCUCAACGCCAACGGCCACCUUCCACCUUCGGGAGCAUCCACACCAGCGCUCACUGAAAAGUCGGACGUCACAUCGCAGGAGCAAGUCAUCACGCGCAGGAUGUGGGACGAGCUGGACGAUCGAAAAGCAGCCAUCCUCAACGAGCUGUGGGUCAACCUGGGUUAUUUGCCUCUAACGAUUCACUGGUCUUGUGCAAAAGGCUUGAUCUCGGAGGGUUGGGUCGGAUUGUUCGGUACCAUUGCGGCAAUGGCUGGUUUGCGGUCCGGAUGGAAGAAUGCGGCUGCUCCGCCGAUCCCACCUGCGUAG